AUGUCGUUUCAUGACGUGCUGAAAAGGGGGGACGACGAGAUUCUGAGCGUCCGCAUGGAACGGUCCCCCUUGUGGAACGCUCUCUCACACGCCACGUGCGUCGCCGUGACCGGCUUCUCCAAGUUAAUCUUGGCGACUCUCUACAACGUCGAGCUGAAGGGCCUCCCGAACUUGGAUCAUGCGUUUGCGAACGCACGGGCGUCCAACCGCGGGAUCUUGACGAUCAUGAACCACAUGUCCACGUGCGAUGACCCGUUUCUCUUUGCCUGCUUGCCCUGGCGAUACUUCAAGAGCUGGGAGGACAUCAGAUGGGGCUUGGCAGCUUCGAACGUGUGCUUCACCAACAGUUUCUCCAAAAAAUUCUUCUCUUUGGGCAAGAUCUUCCCCUGCGACCGAUUCGGCAGAGGCCCUUUCCAGUCCGGGUUGGACGCCUGCAUCCGGAUCCUAUCUCCGGAUGAUACCAUCAACUCACAGUACAUCUUGGGCGACGAGGAUCACUUAACCAAGUACCGCAGCGAUUACUUCGACGAAACGAAGAAGGAUAACUUGAGUCCAGACAACGUUCUCUCCCGAACCGCCCUUUCUCUAUUCUCCCCCACUUACGUCUCUCCGGUGCUCCGCUACAAAACGUCCUGGGUUCACAUUUUUCCCGAGGGGUAUGUUUGCCAGCUCAAGCCGCCAUUUCAGAACUCAAUGCGCUACUUCCGCUGGGGUACAGCAAGACUGAUUUUGGAGCCCACCGUGGCACCCGUCAUCGUUCCGAUAUUCACCGACGGGUUUGAAAAAGUCAAGCCUGAAGAAGUGGACCUGAAAACAGACUACUUAACGCCGAACAAUGUCGGCGCACAAAUCACCGUCAAUAUUGGAAAGGCGAUCGACGAUAAUAUCAUCUCCAAGUUCAGGUCCGAGUGGAAAGAGCUGUGUUUGAAGUAUAGCAACAAUGAGAACCCGAAUGAUCUAUCUGACGAGCUAAUGUUUGGCAAAGAAGCACGUGAAUUGCGGAGUCGGGUCUGUGCAUUUUUGCGUGAACAAGUGGCAAAGCUGAGACUCGAAAAUGGGUUUGAGGAAGAAGAUCCCAGAUUCAAGGACGUUAAUUUCUGGACCAGAUUCACCAAAAGCAGAGGAGCAAGUGAUCCAGAUAUUCAGUUUGUUGGUCUCAACUGGGCCAUCAAGGAGUACCAGAAGCAUGUCAAGGUUUAUGAUGACAAAGGAAAUGUGAUUGGUGAAAGGGAAAGUGAAAGACCUGAGGGCCUUUGA